AUGCCCAAUGGUUGCCCCUUGAACGGGAUCGGAAAGGCGAAUGAUGCAUCGUUAUCUCUAUCGUUGAUGGCUCCUCGACGGCUGACUGAAAAACAAAGGAUCCCUCGUGUGGUUUACACUGUUACCGGACUCAGCGUCCAGCAAAAGAGUCUCCAUCCUUCUUCCGACCUCAGUACCGAUCGCAUCAGCCAGCUUCCGUCGACAGCGGGGGAGAAGGCCGAGGCCACCGACGCACCGGGUAACGAGCUGUUGCAGCGGGCACAGUGGCUCCGGGCCGCCAUUCUUGGGGCUAACGACGGGCUGCUCUCGACCACGUCGUUGAUGCUCGGCGUCGGCGCCGCCAGGGAUGAUCGUCGGUCCAUGGUCUUCUCGGGCAUCGCGGGGGCUCUCGCGGGCGCUUUAAGCAUGGCGGUCGGAGAGUUCGUCUCGGUCUCGACCCAGAGAGAGAUCGAGCAGGCGAACCUUGAGAAGCGCCAGGAAGCAAUCUGCGAAGAAGAAGCUUUACCCAACCCUUACAAAGCUGCUGCCGCGUCUGCCUUGGCUUUCCUCUGCGGGUCAUUGUUUCCUCUGUUGCCGGCCAUCUUCGUCGCUCAACACACGCUCAGGGUCGUGUUUGUCGUGGUGGUUGCCUCCAUAGCUCUUGCUCUGUUCGGAGGCGUUGGAGCUCAUCUCGGCGGUUCGCCGGUGAAGGUCUCGGCCGCGAGGGUUCUAGUCGGUGGGUGGAUUGCCAUGGGAAUCACUUACGGGUUGCUCAAGCCUUUCGAUAAAGAUGAUGACAAGUAG